GACAAAUAAAGAAAUGGGGAAUACCCUUUCAACCCGCCAAUCGCGUCCGUGGCGAACAUCAAUCAGUGCCACACGUGAUCAAAUGUAUUUAUCUUUAUAAGCCGUAUGGCUAGCAACAGUGGCUUAUCAGUUUGGUGGAGGCACUUCAAGUCAAUGAAUCCGACGCCCCAUUGGCCCUUUCCGUUCGACUGAGUCCAUGAUUAGUCGAAUACCUGGGGCAUGGUGCGCGUGGCGAAAAGGCGGUGCGACAGCGACAGAAGGAUCAAAGAACAGCAAGAGCUGUCAACGGAGUUUCAAAAAUUAUCUUAUCUGUGUAGAGGGUGAUUUACUUUGGUACAAGUUUCAUUUUGGUUUACAGACGCUACUUAUAAAGUUUAUUUCACAGUUAGACGCUAUCGAAAAGUAUGCGCAUAGUACAUUGCACGUGAAAUCAGGUAUACCCGCCGUUUACAAUGCAAAAUUGGUUAAGUAUUGUCGGUCGAAAACUUUGCUCCAACAACGAUAACAAGCAGGUGCAGAAAAUUCACUGUAUCUUUCGGAAAUAACAUGACAGCUAUUGAUUGAACACACGCACAGGUCAAGCAGCCGCAGAAAUAAUUUAUACAAGAGCAUGUAUAUUCUGAAUCCAGAAAGAAAGGUGUAUUAAAGAGAAUAUUAUAAUGGCUGUUUCCGACCCACAUGCUGCAUUUAACUACCCAACUGAUCAGGAUAACUAUGAAACAAGUGUGCAUUCUUAUAACCAUCAAAACCCCGAGGAAACGUGUUCGAUAAGUGCGACCGAAGAUGAGACGAAUGAAAAUGCGCUAGAAUUGACUAAGAACGAGGAAUUGGCAAAAUUAAAAGCGGAGAAAAAAGGGGCUAAGAAAAAACGGCAGAAAGAAAGAAAGAAAGUAGAAAAGGCUAAUAACAGUUGCGAUGCAGAGAAUAAAAACAAUAUAACGGCGCAGUCAAAAAUAAGUUUGAACUCCGUUUUAAGUUGUAAGACUAGCAAGACUAAAACUGCUGAUAAUGCAUCGAAUGAAAAGGUAGAAAUUAUUGAUAAAGAAGAGGAAGCUGACGACGAAUUUUUGGACUUGAAUGCUGCGUUUGUUAAAGUCUCUGUAAAGCAGAAUAAACAUAUCACUCUAAACAAACUGACCGUCUCUAAACCAAACAAAGUUAAUCGACCUGAAGCUAUUGAAAGUUCUGCCUCGUUGCCCCAGUCCGGUAAACUGGACAUGAGCAAAGCAAAUCAUGAUACGGCUGAAAUAUUGGGCAUUCAAAGCUGCAAACUUGUUCUUGUCGAUAAAGAUUUUCAUCGAGCAGUUAAGAUUCUGACUCGGGCCAUUCUCCUUGCUCCAGAUGACCCUCGCCAUUAUAUUAAUCGCAGCUACUGCUACCUCAGACUUGGUCAAUAUACUGCAGCACUGAACGACGCUCAAUUUGUGAAAAAGAAUGUGCGGACAAUGGAACAAUCUAUAAAGGCUCUUGCCCGCGAAGGGCAAGCCUUGCGUGGAUUAAAACAAUACCAUGAAGCAGAGAAGUGUUUUGAAGAAUUAUUGAAGCUAGAUCAACGAAUUGACUGGGUACUCGGAGAAUUGGUUCUGGUACGGUUGAUGCAACUUACAAGUAUGGGUUUUUCUAAAAUGGACUCUCUUAAGGCUCUGCAACAAUGUUCAUCUGUUACUGAUGCAGUGACAUUGUUGACAUCAGGAAAUAUAAGUAGUUCAGAAUUAGAGAGUAAUAUUAAUACGCCCGAGAUCCAAAAUUGCGAUGGCGACGAAGUUUAUUUUUCUGACGACGAAUCAAGUAGCACAAUUUUAUUAUCCAAACUGAUAUCUGAUAUAUCAUACAAAUCUAGUUAUUAUAAAAAUCUACGAUCCCAACCAUUUUCCUCCUCUAAGGCCCAAGAGUUUUGUAGUAGCUUGGAAAGAUCUUUGAAGAGUAGCAUUUCUAUGGAAUCCCUUCAGCGAACCAAUGACAAUGAUCAGUGGGAAGUUCAGGGUAACUCGAAAUCACUAAUGAGCACUUAUAAACCUCAAAAACCAAAAGUUAUAGCAAAUGAUAGCAGUACCAUUUGGGUUGGCAAUAUCGAAAAGAAUGUUACAGACCUUAAAUUACGGGAAUUAUUUUCAAGAUUUGGCUCUAUAAAUUACAUUCGAAGAUUCCCGGAUAAACGUUUCGUGUUCAUUGAUUUCAAUAGUAAAAAAGCUGCAACGAAAGCGUUAAAUAGCAUGAUAAAUUUUCAAGUCAACGGGAUACAAUUACCAGUGAAACCAUCCACAGGUUCUCUGACAAAUAAAUGAGGAAUGCAUUUAUUAUUAUAUCAAUAACAGGAUUUACCUUCAAUUUAAAUAUUUCAUAUUCAGCAUAUACGGCACCUGAUUUGGAAUGCGAAAUCUGGGGGAAAAAAAACUGAUUUUAUUUUUAAUAUUUGUAUGCUUACGUUGUACGAUGUCAAAUCAAGUUUUCGUAUGAUGACGUGUGACAUUUUUAAUUCAUUAUACAUAUUCAUAUUUUCAGCCAAUACUGCAGAAGGAAUUUAUCAAAUAUAUUACAGCCUUCUCAGUUUAAUAGGUUUUCAUGGUUUGUUUUAUUUUUAUUCUACUUUUCUUACUUAUUUGACUUAGAUUAUUUGGAUUGCUUGAAAAUAAGUAAAAACUGUUACUUCGAGUAAUUGUAUGAAAAAGAGACAGCACUCUGAAAUAGGAAUGUGCCGGAUAUCCGUUAACCAUCCGGUAUCCGGCCGGAUUAUCGGAUAGCAAUAAUCUGUUCAGAAGAUAAUUAUACUAUUACUCAAGAUGA